AGAAUCAUUGUGGAAGCAGCCACCAACUAUGAAAAUGAAUUGAAUAUUGAACUUAAUUCUGGUGGAAUUUGGGAGUUGGAUUCCAAAGUAGUAAAUAAUAUUAUUGCAGAAUUAAAAAGAGAUAAAUUAAAUGCAUUAGACAUUGAUGAAGAAUUUGAAAUCUGUACAAAUAAAAAAAGUGAUGAGCACAAGGAUUUGAAUCUAUAUCAAAAAAAGAUUAAAGAAAAAAAGGUAGUAAUUCCAAUACCACUAAGCUUUUUAG